GUUUGCACGAGUUGGAUCACACUGCGAGGCGAAGUGUAACACGUGUCGACCAGCUACGCCUUCAGUGUGGUUGCUCCAACACCGUUGUAAGCACAAAGGCACACUUGCCACGGAGGUGCCACUUGCGUCGCAGGACUAGACACCAGGACAUCUCCAAGUAUUUUCCAAGCCGCCGAACGAAAGUAUUCUGCAGGUGUCCUACCGUUGUCAUGAAGGACGUGCUAGACAUAAUUGGACAGUUCGGCCGUUGGCAGCUGUUCUUCGUCGUCUAUGCCUCGUAUCGUGGCAUACUCACAGGCUUGAACAACAUGGCCUACGUAUUCUUUGUCACGGAAAACGACCACUGGUGUGACGGGCAUCUUGGUGAACAACAGCUAACGCAGGAUGAAUGGAAGGAACGUUUUGUCCCCUAUGACAAGGACAUGGAAUCCUACAGUCAAUGUGAAAUGUAUCAUAAGUAUUACAACCAGACUGGACAUGUACUCGUGGAUAAUGACACACUCGUCGCUUGCGAUGCCUGGACUUACGCAGAACAUCCAUUUGGGAAUACACUUACAACUGAAUGGAACUUGGUGUGCGACCGGAAGUGGAUGAGGUCUUUGGUUCAAAGUGUGUAUAUGGCGUUCCUGAUGAUUGGUGUCCUCAUAUAUGGUAUCAUAUCGGAUAGAUGGGGGAGAAGGCGGACUAUGUUCAUCUGUGCCCCGUUGCUCUGUGUAAGUGCCAUCGCCACGGUCUUCAGCCCCAACUUGUACUACUUUCUUGUCAGCAGAAUCGGUAUUGGUCUUGGAAUAUCGGGUCUACAAGUAGGAGCAUUCAGCCUUCUGGCUGAGACUAUCGGACCAAAGCACCGAAUUGCCUUAAAUAUUUGUUACGGCUACGGAUGGUCAGCUGGAAUGCUUCUGUUGCCUGGCAUAGUGUGGUUGGUCCAGGACUGGCGCAAAGUUAUGAUGGUGUCCGCAGCAUUGAGUAUUCCGAUUGUACUAUUUCUUCCGUGGGUGUAUGAAUCUCCUAGGUUGCUCCUCACCACAGGAGACAGGGAAGCAGCAGUCAAAACAAUUAAGAAAAUUGCACGUUUCAACAAACGCAACUGUGACGAACUUGAAAAGAAUGUUGAGCUCCUUAUCGAGGAACGGAAAAUGGGAUGCGCAACAAACAAGCAGAGCAUUUCUAUACUGGGAUUGUUUCAGUCGCCAAUGCUACGAAGGAACUCCUUGAUGCUAGUGGCGUGCAGUUUCAUGUCCUACAUCGUAUACUAUGGGUUCGCCAAAUCAUCAACUACUAUAGGAGGAAAUCCUUACGUGAGCUACACGAUGUCAAGCCUGCUGGAGGUAAUUGGAUACACUAUCUCUCUCGCAACGACGAAGUAUUUCCGUCGAAGGAUCACUAUCGUCGUGAGCUAUCUGCUGUUUGGUGCCACGCUGCUUUGGAUGGCUCUCACAGCAAAGGAAAACCUUGGACUACGGAUAACGCUAAUGGUGGCUGGUCGAUUGUUCUUUACAAUCGCUUUCACGACAAAGUUUGUAUUCCUGAACGAAAUAUUCCCAACGGUUGCUAGAAGCGGAGGAUUUGGGCUCUCCACGACGGUCGGACGACUAGGGGCUACCUUCGAGCCCUGGAUAAGGAAUGCCCUUUCUUCGCUUGGAGAGGCAUUCGUGUUGGCUGCGUACUGCGUGAUGAUCUUGACCAUUAGUGUUAUCUGCAUGAUGUUUCCCGAGACUUUUGAAAGGGAACUGCCGGACACUCUGGAGGAAGGCGAAAAAAUGUGCAGAAAAAGGGUUUCCUCGAAAGAAACAGUAAGAAGCGAGAUGGAGUUACGCGACACAACAGGGCAGCUUACGGCCGAGGACGUCGAUGGCGACAUGGUUCACAAGUGUUGACAAUGUAUAGCUACAAGUGCGAGUACUUAUUUUUGAAGGUGACUAAGAUUUUUUUUAAAGAUGAAUUUAUCGAUAAAAGAAAGGGCUGUGGUAGAAGGUUAUGUAUGAUAACAAUAAAGCACGAAGCGCAGCGAAGGGUAC